AAAUCACAAGAUAGUGGGAUUGCAGAGAUGGAGGAACUUCCAGUCCCACACAACAUCAAAAUAAGUAACAUCACAUGUGAUUCCUUCAAGAUUUCUUGGGACAUGGAUUCUAAAUCCAAGGACCGCAUUACUCAUUACUUCAUCGAUCUCAACAAGAAAGAAAAUAAGAAUUCCAACAAAUUUAAACACAAGGAUGUACCCACUAAAUUGGUGGCCAAAGCUGUUCCUUUGCCUAUGACAGUCCGCGGGCACUGGUUCUUGAGCCCCAGAACAGAAUACACGGUAGCAGUGCAGACAGCGUCAAAGCAAGUCGAUGGCGAUUACGUUGUUUCUGAGUGGAGUGAGAUCAUCGAGUUUUGCACAGCAGAUUAUUCAAAAGUUCACCUAACACAGCUAUUGGAAAAAGCAGAAGUGAUUGCAGGCCGUAUGCUUAAACUGUCUGUUUUUUAUCGGAAUCAGCACAAAGAAUACUUUGAUUAUAUCAGAGAGCACCAUGGGAAUGCUAUGCAGCCCUCUGUUAAGGAUAACAGUGGCAGCCAUGGCUCUCCGAUCAGUGGGAAGCUGGAAGGCAUCUUCUUUAGCUGCAACACUGAGUUCAACACUGGGAAGCCACCACAAGAUUCGCCUUACGGAAGAUACAGGUUUGAGGUUGCAGCUGAAAAACUCUUCAACCCCAAUACUAACUUGUACUUUGGAGACUUCUACUGCAUGUACACAGCCUACCACUACGUCAUUCUUGUUGUCGCCCCUGUUGGAUCACCAGGAGAUGAGUUCUGUAAGCAACGCCUUCCUCAGCUAAAUAUAAAAGAUAAUAAAUUUCUGACCUGUGAUGAAGAAGACGGUGUCAUGGUUUACCAUCAUGCCCAGGAUGUUAUUUUGGAAGUCAUUUACACUGAUCCUGUGGAUCUCUCCCUCGGCACAGUUGCGGAAAUUACCGGUCACCAACUAAUGAGCUUGUCUACUGCAAAUGCAAAGAAAGAUCCCAGCUGCAAGACCUGCAAUAUCAGCGUUGGACGUUAA